GAAAUCUCAGAUUUCAAAAUGUUGAAAUAACUUUCUGACAAAAAGAAAAAUGUCAUCGCCUCAGUAAUUGGAUCCAUCUUGUAAUCAUUGAUAAUCAGACGGAAUACAUAUUUGGUCCUCAUAGGCCUUGAACACAAGAUUUCUGCGUGAAAAGCGAUCACUCUACUCCCGAGCCAUAGCUUCUUUACUGAAAUGUUCUUGAGUUCCUUAGUUAUUAGGGUUUCUCUAGCACACAAGCAUUUCAUUUCCGUUUCAUUCCCACAUCCGUGAACAAUCCAGUUAUGUUGCAUUUUCAAAUCACAGCCCCAUUCAUGGGUAAAACCCGAGGCAUAUUUUCUAGUGUUUGAAUUUCCUGGAUGUGAAGUGUAAAAUUUGUUGAAGUAAUCGCCAUAUUGUUCAUUUUAUUCUGGUGUUACGUGCUUGUUCUCGGUGUUUCUACAAAUUCAAUUGAAUUGCAAGGAGAAAAAAAAUGACACUAAUGUGGAAUAAUCCGACCAUUCCAUUCACUGUUAGUUUAUCAGAGAAGCAGUCUGUUCCUGGUCGUGAUUUUGUUUUCGUUGGUGACGCAUUCUACGGAGCUCAAAGGUUCUCUAUCAGUUUCGUCGAAACAAGUUCCGGGACACGGCUUUUUCAGUUAGAAUUUCGUUUUGACCAAAACGAGACAGUCCUUAAUUCAAAUUUCCCAGUGGGAUGCUGGGGCCAAGAGGAACGUCACCCUCUACCACUCUUGAUGGGAAGGAAAUUCAACAUCGAGGUCAAAUGCUCGAUGGAUCGUUUUGUGAUCAUUGUUGAUUUCCAGUACCAUAGCGAAUUUGUAUUUCGUUUCGACAUGAACAAGGCCGAUACAUUGAUGGUUGAAGGCGACGUAUAUAUUCAGAGUGUUCAAAUUAAUUAGUGCUGAUGUUACUUUCAUUGUUGAACUAAAAUUUUCAAUAGAAAUAGGUCAUAAAUAA